AAUAUUAUUCAGCAGCAUGUUCUUGACCACGGGAGGGCGUUGGACGGGAACUCGAGCUCACCUUCGAUGCUGUAUAUGAAUCCCUCAUUCGUUCCCCUGUUCCAGUUGACUGGUAGCAGGUCGCGUAGGACUGUUGUGAGCGAGGUCGAUGCGGACUGAGCGCAUCAUGGCGGGACACAGCAGAGCGGCGGCGUCGCUGCUGCUCGUCUACUUCCUGACAGGAUGGACCCACUGCUUACAGAUCCUCUCUGCUUCACCACUCAAGGAGAAAGCUGUCGGUGACAGUGUAAGGUUGGAUUGCCAGUUCACAGUGGACACUACCGACAUUGGUCCAUUGGACAUCGAAUGGUCACGGACACCCCCUGAUCCAACGUCUUCCCCGAUCAUUAUCAUUGACUAUUCUGGAGACAGGGCCUACGAAACCCGCGUUGAGGACAUGAAAGGUCGUGUGCACUUCAGUUCACCAGAUCCCAAAAAUGGUGACGCAUCCAUCAACAUCACACGGCUAAGGUCCAGCGAUUCCGGAAUGUACCACUGCAAGGUGAAGAAGUCUCCCGGUUCAAAGACCAAGCCAGUGAGGCUACAAGUUUCAAUGAAACCAUCACCUCCAACCUGUUAUGUGGACGGGAGCCAAGAGGUUGGAAAGGAUGCAGUGCUGAAAUGUUUAAGCGAGGGCACCCCUCCCAUCACAUACACCUGGAGCAAGCAAGGAUCUGCGCACCUUCUCCCUUCCACAGCAGUCGCAGAUGUAUCAGCUGGGACACUGAAAGUGCUGAACGCCUCAAUGGAUUACUCUGGUGACUAUAAGUGCACCGCGAAGAACAGAGUAGGAAGUUCGGAAUGCGUCAUCAGAUUUUCUGUGUCGUCCUCCUCAGACAACGGUGGGAAGAUAGCAGGAACCAUUAUUGGAGUUUUGCUCGCUUUACUGUUGAUUGCCUUUGUCGUCUGGUUCAUCCUUCGGAGGAAGAAGAAGACUACUUAUGAGAAGGAGCAGCCUUUCGAAAUACGGGAAGACGUUCCUCCCCCAAAGAGCCGGGUUUCCACAGCUCGCAGUUACACAGUGGGCUCCCAGCGUUCGUCUCUGGGCUCAAUGUCUCCCUCGAACAUGGAGCCUUACAAGUCCCACUACGACCGACUGGCCACUGAGGAGCUCGAGCGCCCCGCAGCUCAGAGCCCACAGUUGACUCCAUCGUACAAGGUAGCCGCUCCGAGUCUGAACCGAAUGGGGGCUGUCCCAGUUAUGAUUCCAGCACAGCGCCGUGAUGGUUCCAUUGUGUAGCAACUGACACCCCGUUUUCCCACCCACUAAGCCCCAAACCACCCCCCCACACCUCACCCAAAAUAAAUCCAGUAACACUAGUUGCCUUUUCCAGACUCUGAAUUACAAAGGAAGCUUCUAAUUACGAAUUCUGCUGUUUCACCAGACCAACACGCAAAUGUUCUACAAGUCCACGUGUUCAGAAAGAGUCUGGUUUAAAUCUUAAUUCUGUUUAAAUGGACAAGAGUUUUCUGUAGUUUUUUUUUGUAAAAAGAUUGUCUUCUUCCUGAACUAGUCGGGUGUACAAUCCCGAAUCUGAACGCCCUUCUGUGGAUCUGUCAUGAAAAGCUUGGGAUUCGACAUAGGGGAGAGGGGAGUGAACUCCUGGAAAUCCUAAACAUCGCCAUCAACCGCGUUACAGUGCACUUACUUCAGUCUCGGGCAAGAUCUAGUUCAUUGACAGAGUCAUAGGGUGCUGCAGCACGGUCAGGUUCUUUGGCCCAUCUAAUAUAAUGCUAAUAUAACCUUCUGCCUCAUGCCAUCCACUUGUAUCUGGACCACAUCACUCCAAACCCUCCCUCCACAUACCCAUCCAAGCUUCUCUGAACUGGUGCAAUUGAACCCCCAUCUGCCACUUCCACUGGCAGCUCAUUCUACACUCACAUCAUCCUCUGAAGAAGUUGCCUCUCAGAUUCUCCUUAUAAAUAUUUCACCUUUCACCCCAAACCUAUGACCUCUAGUUCCAGUCUUACCCAACCUGAAGGGACAACAGCUGCAAGUAUUCACCCUUUCUAUACCUCUCAUCAUUUUGUAUACCUCCAUAACUGGGGUUCCCAAUCUUUUUUUUUAUGCCAUGGACCCCUACUGUUAUCUGAGUGGCCCAUGGACCCCAGGUUGGGAACUUCUGCUCUGUAAGAUCACCCUUCAUUCUCCCAUGCUCCACGGAAUCAGGUUGUAACCUAUUCAUCCUCUCCCUGUAAGGCAGGUCCUCAAGACCCAACAAUACCCAUUUAAAUUUUUUGUGCACUCUUUCAAUUUCAUUGACAUCUUUCCUGCAGAUAGGUGACCAGAGCUGCACACAAUACUCCACAUUCUGCCUCACCAGGUUCUUGCACAACUUCAACAUAACAUCCCAACUCCAGUACACAUUGCCCUGAUUUCCAAAGACCAAUGUACUAAAAGCUUUCAUUAUGACCCUAUCUACCUGUGAAGCCAUUUUCAGGGAAUGUUGGGAAUGUUGGAUCUGUGUGGACCUCUUUGUUCUACAGUACAUCUUAAAGACCGACCAUUCACUGUGUAAUUCCUAUCCUGACUUGUCCAACUCCUCACACUUGUCUGCAUUUGUUAUUUUUUAGCCCAUUUUCCCAGCUGAUCAAGAUCACCCUUUGUUAGUCUUCCUGUCUGUGCGCUCUGGCCAACUACGCCCACUACAGUAGUAGGUCAAGCUCCCCUGAAGUUUGCCCUGUGCUGGCAGUCAGGCAAUCACAAGGGGCAAAUGUUGCUCCAUAUGUGGUAGAUAUACCACUAUGCCUCCAGUACGUAGAGUCAUCGAAAAGUCCAGUACAAAACCAGGCCGUUCAGCCCACUGAGUCUGUACGGUGCCAUUUAAUCAUACUUUAAUCACACAUCCUUUAUUAUACCACAUAAUAAGCUCCCAGAAUAAUCAAAUGUUACCAUUAUGCUGUGUAUAGGUGUAUAGCGAUUGUUAUUAUUGAAUCAAAGAGAUGUUACUAAAGGCCAUUCUUUGACACCAUGCUAGCUCCUAGCUAGUUCGAUUCUUCCACUCUUUUCUCACUAUAGUACGAAUUACUCCCUCUCAAGCAUGUAUCCAUUUUUAUUUUAAAGACUGUGGGUUUUCCUACAAGCAGUGAAUUACAACCCCCAACAAAAAAAAAGCACAUCACAUGUCCUUGAUCAAAAUGUAAAACCUUUUCCACUUCUCCCUGUAAUGUCCACCAAUGGGAACAGUUUUCCUCUCUUCCACAUCUUGGUCAGUCUUUUGUGCUUCCAUCAAAUCCCAUUUUCUCAAGGGUGAACCUUGCAGUUUAAAUCCUUCAUCCUUGGAGAUACUCCAACACAUCUCCCGGCACCUCUCUGUGGCCUGAAUAUCCUCCCAAACAUGCAUUGACAGGAAUUGGUUCCAUUGCACCAGGCUUUGGAGGCCCAUUGCUGUUCAUUGUGGCCCCAGCACCCACUAUGCUGUGUAUUUAGGAAAGCCCUAACUUUCUGGUCAGGUUGACUCAGACAUUGCCCAUCUUCUGAUAUCACAGUGGUAUUGUACCUUUGCCCCAGUUAGAAAAUGAAGUACUUUGUGAUUUUUAGAUCUAUUUGACUUUGCAUUGUUGCACCCAUUCUAGAAGUUUAUUUUUGUAUUAUUAUAUUUCAACAUUGCAUAAUUCAAUGUGCAAAGAAAGCUGCUCAAAGACAAGGCAGUGUCAUCCUCCCACUCAAGGUUUUCACAACCAAAGAUUCAGUGCAGGAAUAGCAGACGCAAAGUUCUCCUCAUUUGUAGUUCCGUACCGUACAGAGCUGCAGCAGGCCAACUAGGACUCCCAAAUUCAGACCUGGGCUUCUGCAGUCUAGGGCAAAGGAAAGUGAAACAGAAAAAUGUUGUUUCUUUUGGAUAAUCCCUCAGCGCAGGGCACCCACUGUCUUUACCUGGUGUGGACCAUGUGUGGCUUCAUCAGUGUGGUCGAUACUCAGAAACACCCAACCAUCCUCAAAAAUGAGCUCUAAUGACAAGAAAUAUUUGGCACAGGGGAGGACAAACAUCUGAAAUCUGACAGGUUGCAACUCUUGAUCUUCCAUUGAAACAAAAAGUUUUUAUUUGCUCUUAUACAAACUCAUCAACCCUGGUCUUCCCUGUAAGAUUGUGUGCUUCCUUUGAGAGGAACUUGGAAGUACAAGGUGUAGAACAACAGCAAACAAUUCUUUGGCCGUGCCUCAUUAGAGAUCUCAAGCAAAGUUUGGUAAUUUAUCAUGGAUUAAGAUUAUUAUGUAAAUUUUUGUUGUAAGUUUUAAUGUUAUAAGUCAGUUGUGGAAAACUGACUUGUUGGAUUUUUAUGCUCAUUUUGUUUAACAUGGUACUUAAAAGCAGUAUCCAGCUUGAAGGAUCUGAUACUGGAGCGUGUAGCUGAGCAGAUUCUCAAUGCCCUACAUAUUGCUUGUGUGUAUACAUAGCUAAUUUAUGAUUUGUACUUGAAUAAUGUGCAGAUCCCAGGCCUGACCCUUACUUAGCCAUUGUGCAGUGGGCUUGGAUCCAAAGUUCUUUGCAUUUGCUCGUCUGUUUUUGAUGUGUAUCUUUUUUCUAUUUUGAUGCAUUACAGUGUGACAUAAUUUGAACACUACAAUAUGUUGUAUAUCACCAACAAGGAGGCCACAACCACCCUGAACUCUUGACACUCUACAUCGCAACAGGAGUGCUGGGUUUGGAAACAUCCUCUCGAGUGCAUGGGCUAAUAGAAGGUGGGGCAGGGUGGAGUUGGGUGGGUCGCAGUGGUCAAUACUGGCGAGUAUAAAGCUGGGUGCAAGUCCUGAUUACUGCCUGAUUGGCAUCUGUAGGAGGGACCUCUCGUCAUAUGUGCAGUUCAAAGCCCUGGUUCGGUGGGAGGAGUGGAUUCAGAUCUAGGUAUUGGUCCCUAUCACCAAAGGACACAAGGUAGCUAGAGUGUUAGCAGUUAGGAUAGUGAGCCGCGCCUUUCAUUUUGGUUUUGAGUUGGUGAAGUGGGUGGAUGAUUAAUGUGUGGAGAGGGGAAAGUGGACCUCUGCCUGGAGGGACUCUGCUUCCUAUCCUCAGAUGUAAACAGAAUAUAGAUAAACAGAAAUGUGGUAUGGAGAUUCCCAUUAUUACAUUUACUGGCAGUUCUGACUGAGUGAGUGGAGAUGCUGCCUUUUACUGUUACGUAUGAUCCGAGGUCAUGCGCUGCAGAUAUUUAUUAGGGAACUUGUUUGCCAAGUUGUCACUAGGCCCCAUAAUUGUGACAUGGAUUUUGAUAUAAGCCAGAUUCUCCCAGCUGCAUUCAGAGCAAAAAUCCUUCCUUUGGAGAAACUGUUUAUUUCAGACUCUUGCUCAAGAUGCAAAUAUCUCUGUGCAAAUUAAUUAACUCCUGUUGCAUCCAAGGCAAGAGAGAGAGAGGGUGUGAGUGUGAAAAUAAGAGAGAGAACCCACUGACAUGAGGCAGUGCACUAUUAGCUUGGUUGUGUGAACAGAAUCUGGGAUAAAACAAAUAAAAAUUUGAAAUACUCAGCAGACCGGACACUAAAAUGCAGGGUUAGCAUUUUGCAUGUGGAACUGAUAAAGUGUCUUCUCCCUGCAACAUUAACUCUGUUCCCCAUUGACAGGUGCUGCCUGACCAGCUGAGUAUUUACAGUAUCUUUUUGUUGACAGAUUUCUAACAUGUUAAAUGCCAAGCCAAGCCUCUGAUUUUCCAGUCAGAUUUCACAAUGUUGUAGUGUUUAAGUAAAGGGGUGGUGGAAGGCAGGAGCAAGUAACUGGCAAGGCAUGUUGGUCCAAGAUGGAAGGUGAGGGACAAUAUUGGGGCAAGAGGAGAAGUAGAGUCUAGGUCUGGAGGAGGAAGAGGCUGAUGUGACUGGGUGUAGGAUGCUAGAAAAGUACUUCGGGUCAAGGUGAGGCUCUGCUCAUUUCACACUCACAUUCAUUCAGGAAUGGGGACUCUGGAGCCAUUGCCCUUGGAGGAGAGAAGAUAACAGAGUCAGGUCUAAGAACUCCUAAGUUGUGGACCUUUAGGAGAAGCAGGCAGCCCUCAGGGAGGAGGGCCAGUGAUCAGAGGUCAUCAGUUUGAACAUGAAGGGAAUCAUGCAAAGGUGGUUACAUUCUGUAAACAGCUAUCCGGGCAGUGGGCUGUAAUCAGACUAACUAGUCAAGGGGCCUGCUCAAAGGGCUUCUGAAGAUUUUCAGGAUUCCGAGAUGGAAUUCUGUUUCCCAGUUUUGGUCGGUGGCCUGGACAAAUAACGAAUUUCCAACUAAUUCCCAUUCCUCAGAAAGCCUGGGAGGACAAUCCUGUCUGUCAAGGCAGUUUGCUUUGGAUAUGUAAGCACUGAUGAGGCAUGGCUGUUGCCUGCUCAGAUAAACAGAGACCUUGCUCAAAUGCGGUAUAGACUGAGUGUGGGCCACGAAGAUGUUAGUGACCUCUUCACAUGCUCACAGCUGGCCGCAUGCAAAGCGUUCCACACAGCUGCAACAUGGCUUUCUGGCUCAUACUCAGUGCGCUGAUCUCAGAAACCAAGCCUGUUGAAUGCCUUCUUCACCACUUUGCGUGGCCACUUUCAGGGAGGGCUCGGCUUGCACCCCUUGCUACUUCAGUGCUCCCAAGGGUCAUAGAGCACUACAGUACAGGACAGGCCCUUUGGCCCAUCUAAUCUGUGCUGAACUAUUAUUCUACUUAGUCCCACAACCCACGACUGGCCCAUAGCUCCCCAUACACCUCUCAUUCAUGAAUCUAUCCAAAUUUCUCUUAAAUCUAACGUGCAUCCACCCACUGGCAACUUAUUCCACACUCUUACCAUCCUCUGAGUGAAGAUGAUCUCCUUAUGUUCCCCGAACAUUUCACCUUUCACCCUUAAUCCUCGAGUUUGAAGUGGGAAAGGUUGCAUUGCUCUGAGUAGUGAAUAUUUAUUUCUGUUAGAAAGUUUGAACAGAUAUUGAGCAGAUCAAAAGGAAUUGUAACUUAGCUGGGUCAGAGACUUGUGUGUGGUUACCAAGGAAUGACGUUUAGUGGCCCUGAAAAAGACAGCAGGCAAGAAUGGGCUCAAGUAUGCAGGAAACCAGCUUUAUAAAUGUGCAGAACCUUCUUUAAACUGACCCUAGGCCAAGAUAUAAGCUUCUGACUGGAUACUUGAGCUGUUAACCCAAAACGUCUGCACUGAUCUCGAUACCACCUCUGUUGUACUUUGUGCUGGUGUGUAUUUUAUUUAGUUAAUCAAUGCUUUAUCCUGUCAAUGGUUAAAUGUGAAAUCUGAAUAAAGGUUUUGAGAAUAUCUAGA